GAACCGCCCUACAGACUGGGCAGCCGAAUGGGCAGAAGCGAAAAGGCGUUAUGAAAGCGCCGAGAAAGCACUGGACGCGGCACUGAAACAAGAACCUCGAGACAGCGACGUCAUUGAGUUCUUGACGCAGAGGAUGCAGAAUGCGCAAAAGGACAAAGAGUUGCUGCUGCAAAGAUCGCAGCCGUCAGAGGAAACACAAGCGCGACUCCGGAACCUUGAGAAUCAGCUUGUGCAGAUCCAAAGGUUUCAAAAAGGAGACAGCUCUGCAGGGCAGUCCAGCCACGGUGAGGCCGCAGCCGCGUUUAGCCGUGAGACAAUGCGGGCAUGCAAAGAGCUUUAUCCCGUCUGCGCACUCUGUGGUUUGGACGACUCGCGCUGUCUCUCUGUGGCGUACAUUGCUACGAAAACGCCAUCUUAUCAGACGUCCAACAAGGGCAGACAGUUCGCUCGGACAUUCCACUUCGACGAUGUCCGCAACAGUAUACGGCUCUGCACAGGUUUUACAGGAGCUUGCCAUGGCUUGUUUGACGAUGAUGGACUGGCACUCGUUCCAGGCAUUGAUGGCGGAAGGUGGACUAUUGUUUGCUCUUCUGGUGACUGGGCUGUGCGACUGUCAGUCGCCAAAAAUGGCAGAGUCUGGAAGCGAUAUGCGCACCAUGAUUUUCAGCGGCUGUCCCCAGAACAAAUGCCGUACAGAAGAGUUCUUGCUGAUCGGUACAAGAACUUCAUAGAUAGUUCGCAUUUGCAUUUCCAGAAUGUGUUGACGCAUUGGGAAACUGUGUGCGAGCUGAGCGCCGCGCAAAGUGAGGACGAAGAGAGUGUCGAGCAUCCUGCGAAGCGGGCACGCGUGACGAAUUGA